CAGGCACGGAACAAUACAAUGGUAGAUGCGAUGUUAUGGUCAGUUCGGGAGAUUUUGACUGCGACUGUUAGUUUCAUUCUCAUUGUCGCGGUCUUACUGAGGUAUUUGAAGAGUCGGCGUAAUGUCCCGCCUGGCCCACGCGGUCUUCCCAUCCUCGGGUCUGUUCUUUCAAUGGGUGGUCGGCCUGAUUUGUAUCUGAAUGAUAUGGCUAAAAUAUACGGACCCGUGAUGAGUGUGAAUAUUGGGCCUCGUCUUAAUGUCAUCCUCAACGACGUCGACGCAGCGAAAGAAGCAUUUCUCAAACAAGGCGAAGUGUUUUCCGGGAGAAGCAAGUUGCUAUUUUUUGAUGUUUUUGUUGCGACUAUCUUGGGCGAUGCCAGAAAUCUCAACCAUGGCGUGGUGCUGUCUACUGGUAAAUUAUGGAAGGAGCAGAGGAAGUUUUCACUCGAAAAACUCAGAGAAUUUGGAAUGGGAAGGGUGAGUCUCGAAGAGAAAAUCAAGGAAGAGGUUUCCUGUCUUCUUGCCGAACUGAAGUCGACGAAUAGCCAAGCAUUUGACAUGCAGACGAUACUGAUGAUGAGCGUGUGCAACGUUAUCAGCAGCAUCGUAUUCGGUAACCGAUUUGAAUACGAUGACGAGCAGUUCAAGAUCCUGCUGAAAGCACUGAGUGACCAGUUUGCCCUCAUCAGUGUUGCCGGGGUAUUAAACUUCAUUCCCUGGCUCCAACACUUCCCACCGUUCAAUGCGCGAGUCAAGGAGGCCAUUCAUAACGACAGAGUAAUAGUCGAUGUCCUGAUGGCUAAGCGAGAAGCGCACAUCGCCGAUUUUGACAAUGACAACAUCCGGGACUUCAUCGACGCCUACCUGAGCGAGAUAAAGAGCGAAAGGGCGGCGGGACGGCAGACGACGUCCUUCAGCGAGAGCGAGCUGCUCUUCGUAGUGGCCGAUCUUUUCGGUGGCGGCACAGAGACGACAACGACGACACUGCGAUGGGCAAUGCUAUUCAUGCUCAAACACCCGACCGUGUGCCAGAAGGUACAAACCGAGAUCGACGAAGUAAUUGGGCGAGGCAGAAUGGCAUGCAUGGCAGACAAGAAAAACAUGCCAUACACUGAGGCGACGAUUACGGAAGUUCAACGCCUUGGUAAUAUCGCACCACUGGGAGUACCACACUUAACGCUAGAGGAAGUAGAGUUCGGAGGCUACACCAUACCGGCGAACACUCCAGUGAUAGCCAAUAUGACUGCCAUCCUGAGGGACCCUGCACACUUUCCAAAUCCUGACAUAUUUGACCCUGAGAGGUUCUUGGAUGAAGAAGGCAGAUUCGUUAAAAAUGAAGCCAUGAUACCAUUCUCCAUCGGUCGCCGUGUCUGUUUGGGAGAAUCUAUCGCCAGAAUGGAACUGUUCCUUUUCUUCACGAGCAUCUUGCAGAACUUUGAUAUCAAGUUAGCGGCCGGCGCCCCAGAGCCGAGUUUUGAUGGAAUUCUUGGUCUCACUUGGAUGCCCAUGCCUAGUAAAAUUUGCCUUCCCCUACGGGAGUAGAGGUCGAUUGCUUACGUUGAGGCGAAUUGUCUAGUGCAUGAUGUAUUCACACAGUUGCGAUUGGAAUGUAAAGCAUUACUGUUAUCUGUCACGUCUAAAUUCAGAGCAUAGAUAUGAUUUCGUUUCCAAAACGCUUAAUCAUCGCUUCAUCUCUGUAUUGCUUUCUAAUAAAUGUCAUCACGAAUUUUUUUUCA